UGUCUCUGUGUGCCUAGGUCCACAGUGAGUAUGACCGUUCAUCUCAGCAGACAACCUUUUUCAAAAGCUUAUUCUGGACCCUGGAUAUUGUUAAGAAACCAAACUGUUUAGAUUGAAGGCAAAAUCGUCUGCUUCCUCACAGGUCUUUCGCUACGAACCUUGACUCAUGACCAGGGGCACACAUCCACCAUACACCUAUACAUAUACCCAUGAUGAUACCCAUUUAAUCAAUGAUCCAUUAUACUCCCCACCAUUUCAAAUUAGUACUGCAACCACCCCUAUGGAAAAAUCCUGCAUCUGCCCCUGAUGACAAAUUCCCUUUUUUCUUUUGCAGCUGCAAUGCAUGUCCAUUUCAGAACUAAAAAGAGGGAGCAUGUCACAAAAGCAAAUGACAGUUAUAAUGCCGCCUUAAACAGGCAGAGAAAGCGCAACCGGCUUAACACAAAAACAAAGCUACGAAAAAAGACCUUGAGGGAAAGCUCCAGCAUCAACGAGGAGAGAAAAGGGGAAUACUUUGAAAUCAUGUCCGUGGACUAUAUGUCCUCGGAGCACACAGUUUCUGAUGGAGAAAAUGAGGGGUCUGACGAGGAAGCACCUAAACUGCUUUACAAGCAUAAGCUUCCAUGGAGGAGUGAGGAGGCCGAUUCAUUGAUGGCCUACUUAGAAAAAAAAGUUAGGAAGGGCAGGGGCCAGAGAAGCACAAACAUGAUGUACAGGAGGAAAGAUGGUGCUAAUUCGAAAAAAACUGCACCAAUUGAUGCUCCCGAUUGGGCUGUGAAGCAUCAGCUUUAGGUUGUCUACAUGCAAGCUAUUCUUUUUGAAUUAGCACAAUCUUCUCUAUUUUGCUAUGAAUGAUGGACUUGUGCGUUGGCACAAAAAAUGUUAUUGUUGAAGCAUAUAGUGAUCGACUUUGAUUUACAAAUUCACAACGAUUUUUAUUACAACAAGUUUAUGAGUAUUCAGAUUUAUUAUUGAACUAUUUUCCUCGAAAAACAGUAGAUGAGGCUACAAUUUAUUAUAUAAAGGAGAUGUGAUUUAUUUAGAAUAUUGAAAGAGUAAUAUUCAAAGAAUUAUUACUUUGACCAAGAUCUGAUAAAAUAAUGUUUAUAGUAAUUUAUUGAUUUUGAAAUAUACACUUAUUGGACCAAA